GACGGAUGGAGGUGGAGGAAAAGGAAGAGGAGUGGCGGGAGGAAGAGGAGGGGCAGCAGCAGCCGCAGGCGGUUCCCCUGCUCAGGCCGCAGCUGCUCCGGCUCCGGCAGCAUUGCCCCCCCCGGAACCCGCAGCAUUUCCCAUUGGCAAACCUCGGCCCGGUGGAGGAGGAGGAGGGCGCCGCGAGGAAGAGGAAGAUGUCCCGGGAGCCGCAGGCAGGCAUGGAGUUGAGCACGGAGCCCAGGGAGGACAAAUCCCCGCAGCAGCAGCCGGAGGGAGAGGCCGCUGUGAGCGGCUCCACGGCGCAGGAACGCAACGGGGAGGAAAAGCCGCGGAGAUUCCGCACAGGGAGGGGUUGCAAACGCAGAUCUCGGGGCUCCGAGCAGGAAAGAUCCACUCCGGGCCAGGGAGGCAGCCGCAGCUCGGAGCUGGGGGUCCCUGAGCAGCCCCAGGAUGGGGGGAAGCAUUACAAGUGCUUGGAAUGUGAGAAGAGCUUCAGGUGGAGAUCCCACCUGAUCAAACAGCAAAGAAGCCACAAUGAGGAGAGGCCCUACGAGUGUGACCAAUGCAAGAAGAGGUUUCCAACGAGCUCCCAUCUCGUUGUGCACCACCAGAUUCACACGGAUGAGAGGCCCUUCCGCUGCCCCGACUGUGGGAUGGGCUUCAGGCAUAACUCCACCCUCAUCAGACACCGGCGCAUCCACACCGGGGAGAGGCCCUACGAGUGUGGGGAGUGUGGGAAGAGUUUCACCCAGAGCUCCCACCUGAUCAGUCACCAGAGCAGCCACACCGGGGAGAGGCCCUACGAGUGUGGGGAGUGUGCAAAGGGCUUCAGGUCAAGCUUCGAACUGAUCAACCACCAGAGGAGCCACACAGGGGAGAGACCCUAUGAGUGUGACCAAUGCAGGAAGAGGUUUCAGACCAGCUCCAGUCUCCUCAGGCACCAGCGGAUUCACACGGAUGAGAGGCCCUUCCGCUGCCCCGACUGCAGGAAGGGCUUCACACAAAACUCCAACCUCAACAACCACCGGCGCAUCCACGCGGGGGAACGGCCUUACGAGUGUGGAGAGUGUGGGAAGAGCUUCUCGAGGAGCUCAGCAUUGACCAAACACCAACGGAGCCACCACUGAGGAAAGCCCUGGAAGUGCCCCGAGUGUGGGAAGAGUUUUGUGCGCUGCUCCAGCUCCAUCCCCCAUGGGAGGCGCGCGUCUUCUGUGUCGUCACCGGUCUCCGGGCAGAUCCCGGCGCAGGGCGGGGAACGCAGAAGCGAAAGUGCCCGAGGGAGCGCGGGCGGAGGGCCGGGCGGAAUUCCAGGGAAUUCCCCGGGACCCUCCUCGGCCACGCACUGCGGGACGCCCGCGCCGGGCUGUGCUCAACUCCCGAGGCCUGUGCUCAAAGCCAGCCUGGAACCCGCUGCCUCCGGCCCAAAGCCCAGCAAGCACCGCCAGCCGCCGAUCCAUUUUCUCCUGCGGCUGCGGCUCCCGGCCCCGGCGGAGCAGGACUGGGCGCUGGGACUGCCAUCCCUGAUUGCCAGUCUCCUGCUCUCGCUCUCGGAGACCGAGCCCCAGCCCCGGCAGACGAAGCCCAAGACGAAGCCCCCGAGCCCCGGCAGCGUCUUGGAGGGGCGGUGUCACCGUGUCCCUCAGGAUGUUCCUGUGGCUGCUUCUGGUGCCGAGCGCCUGCGCCCGUCCCGGCACAGACCUCGGUCGGGCGCUGUUUGCUCCCAGUUCCCUCCCAGUGCUCCCAGUAAAAGAGAAUCUGGGACGGAAAGCGCUCCCAAUUCCUUCCUGCUGGUCUCAGGAUCGCUCCCGGUGCCGCGCACGGCGGGCCACUUUAGAACACCCCCAGGGCAGAGCGCGGCUGCUUUUGGGUGUCGGCACUGCCCGGAGCGUGCUGGGAGCGGAGUAAGAGCGGGAGGAAGAGGAAAGGCAGGAGCGGCAGGAACAGGAGGAGCCGCAAAAGGAGGGACAGAGGAAAAGAAAGAGGAGGAGCGGGAGGAAGAGGAAGAGGAGGAGCAGCACAAGCAGCAGCACGCGGUUCCCCCGCCAGCCCGCUCAGGCCGCCGCUCCCCCCGCUCUGGCAGAAUCGCCCCUCCAGGAAUCCGCAGCAGGAUUUCCCUUGGUCCGCAAGAGGAGGAGGAGGAGGCCAGGAGGAAGAGGAAGAUGUCCCGGGAGCCGCAGGCAGACAUGGAACUGAGCACGGAGCCCAGAGAAGACAAAUCCCGACAGCAGGACCUCAUGGAAGAGGCCGCUGUGAGCGGCUCCAGGGUGCAGGAAUCCAAUGGGAAGGAAAAGCCUCGGAGAUCCCGCACAAGGACGAGCUGCAAACGCAGAUCUCGGGGAUCUGAGGAGGAAAGAUCUACUCUGGGCAGGGGAGGUGGCCGGAGCUCAGAGCUGAGGGCCCCUGACAAGUCCCAGGAUGGGGAGAAGCCCCACAAGUGCUCAAUAUGCGAGAAGAGCUUCAGGUGGAGAUCCGACCUGAUCAAACACCAGAGGAUCCACACGGGGGAACGGCCCUAUGAGUGUGGGGAGUGUGGGAAGAGAUUCAGUUUUAGCUCCAGCCUAAGUGUCCACCAGAGGAUCCACACCAAGGAGAAGCCCUACGAGUGUGACCAGUGCAAGAAGAGGUUUACCGCCAGCUCCCAUCUCCUCGUGCACCGGCGGAUUCACAGAGAUGAGAAGCCCUUCCACUGCCAUGACUGUGGGAUGGACUUCAGGGACAGCUCUGCCCUCAGCAAGCACCGGCGCAUCCACACUGGGGAGAAGCCCUACGAGUGUCCCCAGUGUGGGAAGACCUUCAGACACAGCCCCCACCUAAUUAUCCACCAGAGGAGUCACACAGGGGAACGGCCCUACAAUUGUGAGGAGUGUGGGAAGAGCUUCAGCCAGAGACCUGACCUGACCCGCCACCAGAGAAGCCACACCAGGGAGAGGCCGUAUGAGUGUGACCAAUGCAGGAAGAGGUUUCAGACCAGCUCAAAUCUCCUCAAGCACCAGCGGACUCACACGGAUGAGAGGCCCUUCCGCUGCCCUGACUGUGGGAUGGGCUUCCAGCGGAACUCCCACCUCACCAGGCACCGGCGCAUCCACACCGGGGAGAGGCCCUACGAGUGUCCCGACUGUGGGAAGAGCUUCAACGAUAGCUCUGCCUUGAUCGUCCACCAGAGGAGUCACACAGGGGAACGGCCCUACAAGUGUGAGGAGUGUGGGAAGAGCUUCAACCAGAGCCCCCACCUAAUUAUCCACCAGAGGAGCCACACAGGGGAGAGGCCCUACGAGUGUGACCAAUGCAAGAAGAGGUUUCAGAGCAGCUCAAGUCUCCUCAAGCACCAGCGGAUUCACACAGAUGAGAGGCCCUUCCGCUGCCCCGUCUGUGGGAAGGGCUUCAAGUACAACUCCCACCUCGUCACCCACCAGCGCAUCCACACCGGGGAGAGGCCCUACGAGUGUCCCCAGUGUGGGAAAAGGUUUUCCAAGAGCUCUCACUUGACCCAACACCAACGGAGCCAACACUGAGGGAAGCCCUGCGAGUGCCCCCAGUGUGGAAAGAGCUUCAUUCGCUGCUCCAGCUCAAUCGCCCAUGGGAGGAUCUACACUUCCUGUCCCCAUUCUCUGGCCCACUCCCAGUCCCGGUCCCCAUACCCGAUCGUGUCCCGCAUUCCCGGUGCCAGAGCCCAUUCGCGCUCCCAUUCCCGAUCCCUGUCCCCAUUGCUGCCACGAUUCCCAGUCCCCGUCCCCAAUUCCCGGUCGCAUUCGCGGUUGUUGCCCACAUUCCCGGCUCCAGUCCCGUAUUUCCGGUCCCAUUCUUGGUCUCGGUCCCGUACUACCGCCCUCUGUCCGGAUUCCCGGUCCCCACUGCCAGUCCCUGCCACCAUUCCUGUCCCCAUUCCCGCUCCCCGUCCGCUCGCACCGGACGCCGCCGCCAUCGCUCCGGCCCUGCCCGGGCCCUCACCGGCCCGAAGAAACCCCGCGCCUCUCCCGCCCACCAAUCACAGCGCGCGGUGGCUCCUCGAUUUGCAUAACCACGCCCUCUGUCUUGGCCCCGCCCAGCGCCGGCUGCAGCCGCGUCCGGGCGCUGUUUGCUCCCAGUUCCCUCCCAGUGCUCCAAGUAAGAGCCAGACUGGGAGGGAAAGCGCUCCCAGAUCCUUCUCGCUUCUCUCAGGAUCGCUCCCGGCGCUCUCAGUAUCGCUCUCAGUGCCGCGCGUGGCGCAGUCGCUUUGGAAUUCUCCCCAGGACAGACCGCGGCUGCUUUUGGGUGUCGGCACCCCCCGGUCUGAGCUUAAAGAGAAGGAGGAGCGGGAGGAGGAGGAGAAGGAAAAGGAAAGGGAGAAGCGGGAGGAAGAGGAGGAGCAUGAACAGGAUCGACAAAGGAGGCGGAAGAGGAAGAGGAGGAGCGGGAGGAGCAGCAGCAGCAGCAGCAAGAGCCCGCGGUUCCCUCGGCUGCCCCCUCAGGCCGCCGCUCCCCCGGCUCCCGCAGCAUCGCCGCCCCGGAACCCGCAGGAUUUCAUAUUCCCAGACCUUGGCUCGAUGAAGGAGGAGGGGGCCGCGAGGAAGAGGAAGACGUCCCGGGAGCCGCAGGCAGACACGGAGCUGAGCACCGAGGCCAGCGAGGACAAAUCCCCGCGGCAGAACCUCAUGGAAGAGGCCGUUGUGAGCGGCCCCACAACGCAGGAAUUGAAUGGGGAGGAAAGUCCCCGGAGAUCCCGCACAAGGAGGGGCUGCAAACGCAGAUCUCGAGCAUCUGAGGAGGAAAGAUCUACCCUGGGCCGCGGAGGUGGCCGGAGCUCGGAGCUGGAGGUCCCUGAGCAGCUGCAGGAUGGGGAGAAGCCCCACAAGUGCUCAAAAUGUGGGAAGAGCUUCAGCCAGAGAUCCUACCUGAUCAAACACCAGGUCAGCCACACUCUGGAGAUGCCCUUUGAGUGUGAUAAAUGUAGGAAGAGGUUUCAGACCAGCUCCAGUCUCCUCCAGCAUCGGCGGAUUCACACAGAUGAGAGGCCGUUUGUCUGCCCCGACUGCAGGAUGGGCUUCAAGCACAACUCUGCCCUCAUCACCCACCGGCGCAUCCACACCGGGGAGAGGCCCUACGAGUGUCCCCAGUGUGGGCAGAGCUUCACCCAGAGCUCCACCCUGACUGCCCACCGGAGGAGCCACACAGGGGAACGGCCCUAUGAGUGUGUGGAGUGUGGGAAGAGCUUCAGCCGGAGCUCCACCCUGAUUGCCCACCAGAGGAGCCACACCGGGGAGGGUCUCUACGAGUGUGAGCAGUGUCUGAAGACCUUCAGCCGAAGCUACCACCUGAUACGCCACCAAGCGAGCCACAAGGGGGAACGGCCCUACGAGUGUGGGGAGUGUGGGAAGAGUUUUAUUCACAACUCCAAUCUGAUCCUUCACGAGAGAAUCCACACAGAGGAGAGGCCCUUCAAGUGUGGGGAGUGUGGGAAGAGCUUCAGCCAGAGCUCCCACUUUACUGUCCACCAGAGGAGCCACACAGGGGAGAGACCCUACGAGUGUGACCAAUGCAAGAAGAGGUUUCCAACCAGCUCUGAUCUCCUCAAGCACCAGCGGAUUCACACGGAUGAGAGGCCCUUCCGCUGCCCUGACUGCGGGAAGGGCUUCAAGCGAAACUCCAACCUCGUCAGCCACCGGCGCACCCACACUGGGGAGAAGCCCUAUAAGUGUGAGCAGUGUGGGAAGAGCUUCUCCAGCAGCUCAACCUUGACCAAACACCAACAGAGCCAGCACUGAGGGAAGCCCUGCGAGUGCCCAAGUGUGGGAAGAGCUUCGUGCGCUGCUCCAGCUCCAUCCCCCAUGGGAGGAUCCCCCCUGGAUGAUCCCCAGGGACCCCUGGUGGGCAGAGCCCUGGUGAUUCCUGGUGCUGGUGAUCCGUGUGGGGAAGACACCUGGAUGAGGGCUCUACAUCCUCCUGGGUCCCAGUGACCUGGAUUCUCUUUUCAUUUCUCUUUGUCCUUUCAAAACACCCAAAUUCAAGGUAAAAAUAAAGAUGUUCAACAAAGACGUA